UGGCCAUACAGUGAGUUCAUUAGCAUUGUGCCAAACGUGAAGGCUCCGUCAAACACAGAGUUCCUCAUCACGAUGAAGAAAGGUCAGCGCAAGACCGACAUGAUGAAGUUCUCCACUGACCACCGUGCAGACCUACUCACUGCCGCUCUCAAAUUUAGGGAUCAGUUUGCGGAGCAGAACAACACCACCAGGAGAUUCAAUGCUUACAAAUACCAUUGGUCAGAGAGUCGGGUGCCCGUCGUCUUGGAAGUGGGUCAGGGCUCUGUAAAUCAGAGGGAACCAGCCACCAACAAGUUGCUCACCUCCUAUGAUUACAACAACAUCGAGGGUUUAACACAGAUUUCUGACUAUCCUGGAUCUGUUGCUGUCAUAUACGGAGGGUUUAGUAGACUGCACCUGUUUGCCCUGGAACAGAGAGACGAGUUCAUCAAGUGUGUGAUGGAGGCGGGCGCAGCCUACGUUGGUGUGGCCAUCAAGCAGAGGAAGGAGCCCAUCACCUUCGAUCAGUACCAGCUGAACAGACUCGGCAAAUACAG